GGUUGGGUCUCUCUCUCUCUCUCUCUCUCUCUCUCUCUCUCUCUCUCUCUCACAUUUUCCAUUUCCUCACACUCAAACACACUUCUGAAACCUUUGUUCAUCACCCUUCUUCUUCAAACGCUGCUCAUUGCCUCAAUCACUUGCUCAAAACUUUCAGAUCGGUGUUUUUCUCUCUCCGGCAAACAAAGGAUUGAAAGUUUUGGUCAAAUGGUUUAGUUUUCGGCUAAAAUAGUUGAAUGUGUGAUGUGAAGUGAAUUGUUAACAGUGGAAAUUGGUAAAUGGGGAUCCAAACAAUGGGGUCUCAAGGAGGUGGUGAUGGUAAUGGAAAACAUUCACAACUCCAACCUCUUGUGCGGCAAAGUUCGGUAUACAGUCUCACACUUGAUGAAGUUGAAAAUCAGUUAGGUGAUUUGGGAAAACCGCUAAGUAGUAUGAACCUAGACGAGCUUCUUAAAAAUGUAUGGACUGUUGAGGUGAACCAGUCAACGAGUUCGGACAAUGAAGGAGCAGCACAAGCUAGUGAAGCUUCUCUACAACGUCAAGCUAGUCUGUCGUUAAAAGCUGCAUUGAGCAAGAAGACUGUGGAUGAGGUAUGGAGAGAUAUCCAACAAAAGAAAGACAGCGACGAGAAGAAGACACAGGAGAGACAAACUACUUUAGGAGAGAUGACAUUGGAGGAUUUCUUGGUGAAAGCGGGUAUAGUUGCUGAAGCGCCUUCUAAUAAAACGAAUACCGAUACUACCGCUGGAAUGGAUUCAAAUGUAGCAGUAUCACAGUUUCCGCAAUCGCAAGGUCAGUGGAUUCCGUAUCCGCAAUCGCAACCACAAUUUCAGCAGCAUCUACAACAAAGUGCAAUGGGGGUUUAUAUGGCUAGCCAGGGUAUGGCACAGCCGAUACACAUGGGGGUUGGUGCGUCGAUGGAGAUUCCGUUUGCAGAUAGUCAUAUGGCACUGGCUGCACCUCUUAUGGGAACUGUGUCGGAUACGCAGAUUUCCGGAAUGAAAAGGAGCGCCCCUGAGGAUAUGGUGGAAAAAACUGUUGAGAGAAGGCAGAAAAGGAUGAUCAAGAAUCGGGAAUCCGCUGCCCGUUCAAGAGCAAGGAAACAGGCUUACACAAAUGAAUUGGAGAACAAAGUUUCGCGCUUGGAAGAGGAAAACGAAAUGCUGAGGAAACGAAAGGAGCUAGAGACUAUGUUGCCAUGCGUACCGAUUACUGAACCUAAAUACCAGCUACGCCGAAUAGCAUCUUCUCCAUUCUGAGUUUUGUGUAGCUAUAAGUAGAGGUUUGUAGAUACGAGAAUGAAGGGAAUCUUUGGUUGUAGUUUUAAUGUGGGUUUGAGACACAUGCGUUGUGGUAUCUCUGAAAUAUGUAAUGCUUUCUAACUCCUCUGUUAAGUUCUUGAGUAAUUAAUCAUGAUAGGCAAUGUUGUAGUUUCAGCAUUUUAUUUUACAGUCAUUUCAGUCAUGGAUUGAUUUCAUUUCAGUGUUUUGGGAAGGAAUAUAUGUUGGGUCUUACCAUUUUUGUUGUCAUGGGAAAGUAGAACCACUCUCAAUGAGUCGGAAUCACGUACUUUCAAGUCUUUUUCUUUGUGACGCACCAUUAAGCACCGAUGAGCCAAAUCAUCUUCGUCUGAAUUUGAACUAGAGGA